UCGGAGAUGUGACUUUCAAACACGCAGAACGCAUCGAACACAUGAGCGGGGAAGAUGAGGCAUCGUGGAUAUGUCUUCGAGAUGGCCAAGUGACGGCGAGUGUUCGUUGCCCGAAGGGACUACUUCUGCGGGAUUUUUGGUUUCAAAUUGACAAACGGCAACAGUGUAAGAAUGCAUGGUAACCCAGCCGUUGGUGGUUCCUAGAAUCGUCCAGGAAAUUGCGGCUUGUCGCGUCGGUAGAGACGGUUCCUUCUCGAGGAGUGCUCUUCACUAUGCUGCUCAAUAUCUCCUAUGGCGCAGGUGAGCGAUGGGGCAAACGCCUCGCGAUGCAAUGGGUGAGGUUGAUGGAAAGGUGUAGAAUUUACACUAUGAGGUCAGAUGACAGAAGAGAUGGCGAAGGGCAAAGUGUCCGUGUCUACGGAUACCCACCCCGAUUUGAGGUCACAAGAAGUCAAUAUACUCCAUGCAGGGUCCAGGCAAGGGAUCUAGAAGGUGUCAAGGAGUGGUACCUGAUAGGGCUGCAUGGCUUGGAAGUUGGCAAUGCGGGGAGGUAUUGGGGCCAAGACCUGCCAGCCCAAGGACAAGCCCAAGACCUAGCCCAAAGAGCCGGACCCAAAUUCGGGCAUUUAUUAGGUAAGCCCGCGACACGACGGCGCAUUGGCUUGCUGAACUGCUCCAGCCACGGCGUGUACGGCACAGCUCACCACAGGAAGAGUUCGUCAGGACGGAUUCGGUUGAGGACAUUAAGGAACAUAAGAAGAAAGGAUUCAAAUUGCUACGAAGAAGCAGCUCGGAAGAAACUUCGACCCAGGUAG